GUGGAUGAAAUGGAUGUAGACGAGGCAGGUUCUUUUAACGAUUCUAGUACGAGAGAGUCAACCAGAAGACUGAUUCCGGUAAUAGAACCAUUAAGUUUACUUAGUAGAAGAAGAUCUGAUUACAGUAAAGAUAGAGCAACAAAAGUACGUGAGGAUUCAUCAUCAAAAUCAACAAGCGAAAAGAUGUCAAAAUUAAAAGAAAAACUCAACGAUAAUUUUUAUACCAAGGAAAGAGACCGCAAAGAGAAAUCUAAAUCGGCGGCUGACAGUUUCUCAGCGAGUGAUACAAAAUCUGGACCAUCAAUUUCUAAGGAUGAAAAAAAGAAAAUAAUCGAGCAGAGAAAGAUGAAAUUGAAAGAGAUUGUUGCGGAAGAGAAAAAGUUGACCGCCGAAAGUGAUCAUUUUUUCAUCAAAAUCUGAAUUAUUACCGCCG